AGAACCUGCACAAACGACAGAACCCCCCUCCCCUCCCCCCUCUUUCGGCACCAUGGCAGACGUGCGGUCUCUGCUUCGCCAGGAGCGAGCAGCCCGACAGCAGGCAGCCCGCCCGCAAAAGCAAUCCCCGACCCCCGCCGCCGCCCCCGUGUCGAAGAAGCGAAAGGCCGCAGACGACGGACAGGAAGAGCGCAAGCGGACACGGACAGAGGAUGCGGCGGCCGUGCCGGCGGGCUUCUUCGACGCCGGCGCUGCCGACCACGAGCAUGCCUCGCCCCCGGCCGCCUUGAACACCGCGCAAGCACCCGAAGCGUUGCAGAGCGACCACCGUCCGAAAGCUGCAGACGCCCCAGUACCGCCCGCAGCACCAGCCGAUCCCGCCGCCGAGGCCGAGCUUGACGCUUUCCUGAAGGAGAUGGACCAGGCCGCAGAAGCACGGCGCAAUCGCCCCCCAUACCCAUCGCGCGCUGUCAUAGAGUCCGCGCCGAUGACGGCUGCCGAACUCGCCGCCCAGGCACGAGAAGAGCAGAGCGCCCAGCGCGCCAGGCGGGACGAGGAAAUGGAGGGCGAAAAGGAAGACGCUGCCCGGGCUCUGGAGGACGAAUUCGACGAGAUGGAAGGCCUGGAGGAGAGGGUCAAGAAGCUGCGAGAGAAGAGGGAAGCCCUUCGGAGCGCGCACCUUCAGGCGAAGACCGGGGAUAUCGUACUUGCACCGCCGCCACCGGAGGAUGAAGAGAGCGAGUCGGAGGAUGAGGACUGGGACGACUGGCGGUUUCGUCCAGCCUAACCCACGCAUCUGCAUCUGCACCUGCAUUGCAUUGGGCAGCGUGAUGUUGGCAUGGCGCAUCUGCGCAUAUGCAGCAUACCGCCGGAUCGAUGCCAAAGUCAAUGGCGUUGGGAUGAUACCAUUUGAAUUCAACCUGUAGCAAUAGCCCAUGAACGCAU